GCCACAGUAUAGGGAAACGUUGAUUGUGUUAACAAAAGGGGAGAAUUCCAAACCUCCGGGGGUCUCUGCAUACCUUUCUGGGAUGGUUCGAGUAAGGGAGGCGCCCCUAAGUCUCCAUACGGGUGAAUGAGUGUGUGUGUGUAUUUAAGAACUGGGGUUGUUGCACAAGUCCCAAAAAAUAAGCAUAGACGAGUGAGUCAAAAUAGGCUAGCUGGCAUAGUUUAACUCUAAUUAGGCUACAUUUACUAUUUCUCCAAAUUGAUCUCAACUUGAACAUGGAGACUCAGCAGGUCGCAACCGGUUCCAUUGCCAACCCUGUUCAAUUUCGGGACCAGGACUAUGUAGCCCUCCUAGAUGCGUGCGUUAAAUCCGGUUCGCUGUUCUCUGACUCAACCUUCGCCCCGGACCAGAGCUCAAUCGGUAUGCCUACCGACCCGGAUCCCAAAAAGGAGAUCAAGUGGCUGCGACCCAAGGAGAUCAGUGCCAAUGCUGUGUUUGUGGAGGACACAACCUGCACCACCGAUAUCUGCCAGGGCCAGCUGGGUGACUGUUGGCUUCUGGCUGCCCUGUCCUGCCUUACCAUGCACCCCAAUCUCUUUGUCAAAGUGGUACCACCCAAUCAGAGCCUGACAGAAUCCUAUGCUGGCAUCUUCCACUUCACGUUCUGGCAGUAUGGUGAGUGGGUGGAGGUGGUAGUGGAUGACAGGCUGCCUGUACGCGGAGGCCGCCUGCUCUUCAGCUACUCCUGUACCCGCAACGAGUACUGGAGCGCCCUGGUGGAGAAAGCCUAUGCCAAGCUGAUCGGGUCAUAUGGCAGUCUGAAGGGGGGUAAUAUCUCUGAGGCGAUGGAGGACUUCACAGGUGGCAUAGCCUACUCCCUCCCUGUAUCCUCACGCACCCCCAGGAUCAUGUGGAAAGCCCUCUCUGAUGCCGUGUCCCGUGGCAGCCUUCUCAGCUGCUUCAUACAGGCUACUAACUAUCUUGAGAUAGGCACAGUGACUGCAGAGGGACUGGUGAAGGGCCACGCCUACGCCAUCACAGACACUGACACGGUGAAGAAGUCGGCUGGUGAGGCCUUGUUGCUGAGGCUGAGGAACCCCUGGGGCUUUGUAGAGUACUCUGGACCCUGGAGUGACAAGAGUAAAGACUGGGAUUGGAUCAGUGCGGAGGACUUCAGCAAGCUGUUUGGCACAGUGGAGCUGUGCAGUGUGGACCCUGACCCCAUAGUGGACGAGGACACACCCACCGACCCCGACUCCCCUGCCGCCCCCAUCUCUUCCUGGACCCUCAGCUCCCAUAAAGGCUCCUGGGUAUCGGGCUCCACCGCAGGGGGAAGCUGUACUUACCCUCGAUCUUUCUGGAAGAAUCCCCAGUUCCAGCUUAUCCUCGCAGAGCACGAUGAUGAUCAUGCGAUGACCCUGGAGGAGAAGAAGGUGGCCGAGAAUCAGAAGGAGAAAGCGAAGCAGUGCACCGUGUUGGUGGAACUGCUGCAGAAAAACCGGAGAAAGAAGGAUAAAGUCAACUUCCUUCACAUCGCCUUCCACAUCUACAGGGUUCCUCCAAAGCUCCAGGGCCUGUGUCUGGGCCAGAGCUUCUUCUCUUCCCAGCAGCCUGUGGGGAGUUCUGGGAAGUACCAGCCCCUGAGGGCUGUGUGGAGGGAGGUGAGGCUGGACCCGGGAAACUAUGUGAUUCUGGCUUCCACCUACAGUCCCAACCAGCCUGCGGAAUUCUUCCUCCGCAUCUAUUCCAAGACUGCCAACAAUCUGGGGACCAAAGAUUUCACCUGCUCCACUGGCUUCCUCAUGGUAAUGUCAAUGCCACCAGUCUUGCCAGAGGAUCGCAAGAGAGUACAGAAGACCUUUGAUGAGAUGGCGGGGCCUGACGACAAGCUGAAUGCAAAGGAGUUCAUGGAGCUGGUUAACUCAGUUUUGGAGAAAGACUACCAGCUGCCACUGGAGACAUGCAGACAGCUCAUCUUCGGAGAGGAUACUGGGGGGCGUAGCAGUCUGACCCGAGAGCAGACAGAGCCUGUGCUGGCCUCUCUUCGCAGUCUGCAGUCCAUCUUCUUCAAGUUUGAUCAGGACUCUUCAGGGACCAUGUGCCCCUUUGAGCUUAGUCUGGCCCUCCAGGCUGCAGGGGUGCAGUGUGAUGGCCAGGUCAUACAGCUGCUGUGGGAGAGGUUUGGCUCUGGGGAGCCGCAUCUGCCUUUCCAUGGCUUUGUGGCCUGCGUCACCAGGCUGCGCAAGCUAUUCGCCCUGUAUAAAUCAGAGAGCAACCCAGAGGUCAAAAAUGUGGGAAUCAAUGCUUGGCUGCUCCGACUCCUGACCGUGUGAGUGUGCUCUGCAAACGGGGUCUCUGCGUGGGCACUGCAGGGGCAUUCUGUCUGACCAGGACCAUAUAACAUCAUGCUUCUGUCGGCAUCCUCGUCCACACACACACACGGACACACAGACACACACACACACACACUAAUGAAUCCCUGAACUUUGUCACCAUACUAUACACCACUGUCUUUCUCUACUGCCAUAUUGUGUUAUAGUGCUUUACAUUAAUUUACAUGGAUAGUACCUUUGGAGUUAGUGUCACUACUAAUGUGUUUGAUGUGUACACAGGUAUGAAUCUCUAGAUGUUCUUUUGUUUCAGCUAUUUCCGCAAAGUAAUUGAGUCAAGUAUUUUCAGUUUUACAGCCAAGUAUUUCUUAAAACUCAAAUAAUGAAAGCGGUUAAAAUAGUGAAAAUGUAGUUGAAGCUCUGGAAAUUAAAAUGAAAAACGCAAUAAUGAAAUGUGUCCAGAAAUAAAUCUUUGCAAACAUGAA